ACCUUUUGUUAUCAAUAAAGUUUAAUAAUUACUUCUUGUAAUAUUUUCAUUUCAAGAAUAAUUUUAUAGUUCAUCGGAAAGUGAAAUGGCACCACCACCAUCCACCACUAUUCCGCCAUUCGUCGGCCUCAUCGUGAGGAUUCUGACGUUGAUUUGCUUGUUGAUUUCACUCAUUGUGAUUGCCACCAACACUUAUACUACUAGUACUGAUUAUGUUGAUAUCAAAGUCAAAUCUACGGACUUUUAUGCUUACAGAUACUUGAUUUCUACUGUGGUCAUUGGAAUAGCAUAUACUCUUCUCCAAACUGCCUUCACAAUUUUCUUUGUGAGCACUGGAAAUCGCCUUGGUGGUGAAGGUCUUUGUCUAUUUGACUUCUAUGGUGACAAGUUUAUUUCCAACUUCCUUGCUACUGGAGCAGCUGCAAGUUUUGGGAUGAUGCAAGAUUAUAGGAGACUUAUAGGCAAUGAUGAAGGCAGUAAAUUUAUCAACACUGCAAAUGCUGCUGCCAGCCUUUGCCUUAUAGGAUUCUUUUUUUCUGCUGCUUCAUCAAUUUUAUCAUCCUUUGCUCUUCCAAAAAAAGCUUGAUCUAAAAAAAAUAAAAAAUCUUUGAUUAGUUUGAUCCAAUGUUUUGAGAGAUUAUGUUUUUCUUUUUCACACGUUUGGUCAGUCAUGAAGUACUGUUGAGUUGCAAUUUGUAUCUAAAAUGUAUGUAAUUUAUUAAGUAAGGUUGUGAAGUUGUGUGA